AUGGUAUCACCAUCUAGUCCUGAAUCAAAUGAUGAUGAUGAUUUGACUAAUGCAGACUCUGCCAUUACUCCAGCCACUUCAACAAUAACUACUGAUUCUCCAACAAAAUCAUCAUUUGAUGAUUACCAACUGUUAUCAUCAAUACGAAUACCAAUAACAAGAAGAAUAACCCCAUCACUAUCACCACAAUAUGAAGAGUCAAAUAUAUCAACUACAACCAGUGCUACAACUACUACCACUCAGCAGCAGCAUCAACAACAACAACUACAACAACAACAACAACAACUACGACAAAUGUCAUCGUUGCUGGCAUCCAAAAUAGAACAAGCUAAAACUGAUGUCCUUAAUAAUAAAAAGAUAUCGUUUAUACAUAGAUUUAUAACCAAUUGGUUAAUAAUGGAUCCCAAUCUAAUAUCUCAUUACAACAAUACCAACACUCGAAGAUUUAAAAAUUAUCAAAUUGAAAAUCAAGGUCAACUGAAUUUCAUUUAUUUUUUAGGUGGUCGAUUACAUACUAUCAAGACCAAAUAUCCAAUUAAUUUAAUAACAUUAAGUUUAAUAAUAAUACCCGGGAUAUUAUAUAUAAUAUUUGAAUUAUCAUGGCAAUGGAGAAAUUUUUCACCCAUUAUAGUGAUUAUAUUUUUAUAUAUUUGGAUAAUUUCAAUAUUCCAUUUUUUUAAAUUAUCUACUUGUGAUGCUGGGAAAUUACCGAAAAAUAUUCAUCUACCGAAAAAGUUAAUAACUAUUACUACUACUACUACUACUACCAAUGAUAAUGAAAUUGAUCAUAGGAACAAUUAUAAAGUGAUGGGUUCACCACCUGAUGAAUAUUUCAAUACUGUUACAUUACCUUAUUGGAAAACCAAUAAUGACAAUAAUGACAAUACCAAAAUUUCAAAACUUGCUAAUGCUUAUCAUUCUCAUGGAGUUCAAGUGAAAUAUUGUGGAACUUGUCAUAUUUGGAGACCUUCAAGAACUAGUCAUUGUAAUACUUGUCAACAAUGUAUAUUAAAUCAUGAUCAUCAUUGUAUUUUUUUAAAUAAUUGUAUUGGUCAACGCAAUUAUAAAUUUUUCCUUUGGUUUUUAUUAUAUAUUGUCAUUGCUUGUUUAUAUUUAUUAAUUAUUUCCAUCUUACAAUUAUGUCAUUAUAAAUUUGCAUCACAUAAAGAACUGGAAAUAAUUACCACUUUCAAUCAAUCAAUUAAAACUCAUCCAAUUAGUUUAUUAUUAUUGAUUUAUUCAUGUUUAGCUAUUUGUUAUCCUGGUUUACUAUUAGCAUUCCAUAUUUUUUUAACCAGUCAAAAUAUAACUACUAGAGAAUAUCUUAAUUUUGUUUAUAAAAAACCUUCAAAAUCUACUGAUGGUGGUGAUGGUACUAGAGGAUUUGUUAAUGUUUAUAAUACUCAUUCAAUUUGGGAAAAUUUAUAUAUUAAUUGGUUAGGUAAAUCUAAUGGAGUUAGUUUAACUUUCCCAAGAGAUUAUUAUCAUCAAGGUGAUAUAAGAUUUGCCAAUAUAGAACCAUUAGGUACAUUUACCAAUAAAUAA